AGGGAGUUUAGAGUUCAAGUGGGGGCUCGCGGCUGCGUUUUUAUUACAGUUCGGCGUCCUUUGAGGCGUGUUUUCUUUCGUUUGUUGCAUUUAGGCCAAACAAGGCAAAACUUUGGAGCGGCGUUCUACUUUAUCCUGUUCCAUGUUGUGCAAAGUUUGCUGCGGCGGCUUUAAAGACUGCAGCCCCGCCCCUGCGCACUUUCACAUGAAUGUGUGAGUGGAUGAGAGCAAGCAAAGCAAAGCAAAGCAAAGUUUGGACUUGUGGCUGAGAUUUGCCCCCAUCAACAACAACGAGAGCAACGCCGAUCGUUUGCUGCUCGACUCGGAGUUCAUUUGUUUGUUCGGCCGGGUUGGUGUUUUUGGUGGAUCUUCGGGCUUAGCAGGCAGACAGUCUGCGUGAAGCUUCAUUUCAGCGUCCAAACCUCCCAAACCUUAGCGGGGCCACAUGGACGCCCACCGCGGCGCUCCCCCGGCCGGCCAGCAGGUGGUGCACGUACGCGGGGACUCCCAGACGGAGCUGGAGGCCUUGUUCAGCGCCGUGAUGAACCCCAGCAAGGCCGCCCAGCAGCCCGCCUCCCUGCCCAUGAGGAUGAGGAAGCUGCCCGACUCCUUCUUCAGGCAGCCCGACGCCAGGACGCACUCCAGACAAGCCAGUUCGGACGGAGGCGCGUGCGCUUCCCCGACACCUCACCACGUCCGCGCCCAUUCCUCGCCGGCCUCCCUGCCCGUCAACAUGCCCGACGCGGCGGCCCCGCCCGUCAUACCCGACGACGUGCCCCUCCCCCACGGCUGGGAGAUGGCCAAGACGCCCUCUGGCCAGCGCUACUUCCUCAACCACUUGGACAAGACCACCACCUGGCACGACCCCCGCCUCGCUCAGCUUCAGUCGGCCGCCCCUCAACACCCGAGCCCCGCUCCCCUCCACGCCCACUCCCUCAGCAACCCGGCGACCGCCUCCACGCAACAAAGCAUCAGUCUCGACGCAGCCCAGAAGAUGAACCCGGGCCUCCUCAGCCUGGCCGUGCAGCAGCGCCAGGAGAAGGAACGACUGCAGCGAUGCAAGCAACAGAUGCAGCCCCCACAGGACACGGGAGCAAGGAACCAGAUGACGGGUGGAAUGGACCAUGACAGGAAUAAUGCGCUUGUCCCGCCUGCGGAUGUCAGGAUCAGAGCGCCGACCCACGAACCGACGCUCAAUGGCGCUCACUCUCGCAACGAGAGCACUGACAGCGGCCUGAGUGUCAGUAGCCUGCCGCGUACGUCUGACCACAUGCUCAGCUCCGUGGACCACAUGGACACUGGUGAAUCUGUGGAGUCGUCCUCCAUGACCUUACAGGACCCCAUGCCUGCGAUGACCGAGGGCGAGGAACUCAUGCCUUGCAUCCCCGAGGGGCUGAGUUCUGAGCUCCUGAUGGACAUGGAGACGGUCCUGUCCGGGUCACACAUGGACAGGGACAGCCUGCUCACCUGGUUAUAGACACGCCUGCCUGGCCUGAUCUGCCUUCAAGAACACUUUUAUGGGACCUUUUAUGGAUUUUUAAAGCACACAACUACAAGCUACAAGACAUGUGAUGGAGGAUUGAAAUAAUCAAUAAGCUGCUAGAAUCUCCUGCUUUUUUGCAAGCUCGUCGUGGAAAACUUUUCAGGACACCUUUAUUUUAUAAUCGACCACCGGAUGGCGCUCCCUCAGCUAACCUAACCAAUAGCAUCAUAUUGUUUCUCAAACACUACCAUGACACCAAAAAGGUCCUGCUGGAGAAACACCUUAAAUGUGGUAAAUGUUAACAGUGAGCCGAAGAAACAGUAUUAAAAGCACUAAUAUCUAAUAAGUCACGUCCUGCAAAAGAUCUUAUUUUGCCAAGUGUACUCAAAUUGAAGUGAAGGCGGAAAAGCUUUAUUUUCAUCAUUACUAUACAUUUUAGUGGAAAAAUGUCUUCAUUAUUGGGGUUUGCAUCAUACUGAGGGCUGGUUUUAUGUUUUCAUACUCCUAACCGCCCUGAGUGCACUUCUGCAAACCCCACUAAUAAACACAUUGUUGAUGAAUUUGAUGGAAGUUGUGUGGUUUUAAUUGCGUUGUGUUAUUGUUUGCUUCUAGUGAACCCAAAACAAGGUCAUGUGCCCUUGUGGUGUGCAGCAAUGUCAAAUACUAAUAGAUUGGAAUGGGUUUUGUGCUGUUGCCUAAUGCACUGAGUUGUACGGUUCCUAACAUUACGGUCAAGAGAUUAGGAAAUUAGCAUUUUAGCUCCUGGCCCGCGGCUUUGCUGUUCCUCACAUUUAAAGUGUGCGGUUUUUAAGUGUUUUGAAUGGCUCCAUUGCGUUUUCAGUUUCAAGCGAUGCUGGGAAAGUGAAUUCUUGCUCUUUAUGAAGUACAAGAAACGCAGGCAUUUGUGUCCUAAUAGUGGAAAAAAAACAGUGAAUGAAGACGUUGCAUCGUUAGUAAAACACACUACUUGUCGAGCUGAGGUGUUUUUUUGUUUUUUGUAUUAUUUUAGAUGUAUUGCUCAUCGACGCCCCAGUGCAACACACUACCUUCUCUUAUUUAUCUUAGAAUGCAUGACACUCCCUUAUAUACAGUAAAUAUAUGUAGUAAUAAUAAUAAUAAUGAGCUUUAUCGCACACAUCGGAGUCCAUUUGUACCUUUUUAUGCAUGUGAUUUGUAUCCAUUUAUUUUCUCCUUACUCCCUCUGUAAUCAUUUUUGAUGCAUAAUAAUAAAUCAUAAAUUCAA